GUAACAAAUCCUGCUCACUCCUUCGUUGAUCCUCCUCCUGUUCUCUUCCUCCUCCUCCUCUAACUGAGACUCCUACACAUCCUAUUCACUCCUACGGCCUCCUACGGCGCCUCAGCCAUGUUGGGAGCGUUGGUGUGGAUCUGCUGCCUGACGGUGGUCGCGGCGCAGGGGCGAGGCUUCGCGCCACAGCCGUUCCUUGGAGACGACCUGCACACCACCACGCCCGUCCCCAUCCUGAAGGACUCCCGCAGGAUUGACCUUCACACCGGCGCCUUUGUCUACGAGUACAUUGGAGGCGACGGUUCCUCUAAGUUUGAGUUCCGCUACCCUAACGGAACAGUGGUGGGGAACUUCAGCUUCAUCAACGAAAACGGGGAACUAGAGACACGUGUGUACAACCAUGGCGGUGAGGUGGACGAGACGACAGAUCCUAACUAUAUUGAUCUUGGUAACUACGACUAUUGGCGCCAUUUAGAGCAGCCAGCUGACGAGGUACGAGGAGGGCAGUCUGGCUUCGUUCCCCAGCAGAUAGCACGCCCCACCCCACGCAGAAGGCAGAGACCACGCCGCCCAUCACCCACGCCUCCACAGAUACAAAUCCAGCCACAGUUCCAGCCUAUACCGCAGCCCCCGCAGCAACCCCAGCCCCAAGCACCUCCACAGCAGCAUUUCCAGCCACAGCCACAGCACCAGUUCCAGCCACAACCACAGCAGCAGUUCCAGCCACAGCCACAGCAGCAGUUCCAGCCACAGCCACAACAGCAGUUCCACCAGCAGCCGCAACACACCCCAGCCCCACAGCAGCAGUUCCGCCCACAGCCACAGCCUAGAAUCUCACUCCAGCAGGCACCACAGGCUAGAUCCUCACGCCCAUCACUCGUUGACACGCCCACUUUCCAGAUCCCAGCCCCACAGCCACGCCCACGUCCAAGAGCACAGCAGAGGCCACAGCAAAGGCCACAGCAAAGGCCACACAGACUCGACUUGUCUCCACAGCAAGGGCAAAGAAACCAACCCGAUGCAUUUUUGGAUAGUGUGAUUGCAAGAUUUAAUUAGGUUAAGUUAGGUUAGGUUAGGUUAGGUUAGUGGUGGUUCCUUUCUCUCUCUCUCUCUCUCUCUCUCUCUCUCUCUCUCUCUCUCUCUCUCUCUCUCUCUCUCUCUCUCU